UUGGGAGGGUCUUUUGAGUGCAUACAGUGCAUUGAUGCUUCAUGUGUCCAUAGAUAGUUCUGAGCCACAAACGCAUGAGAAUAAAUGACGCUGGCAAUUUUGAUAGCCUCAUUCAUAAGGGAAGAGACUUCUGACUUCUAUGUUUGUUCGAACAACGGGGAUAUAGCUCCACACUUUACUCAGCGAAUUUCUUCCUAUCCCCAAAAGAGAGAAUUUGAGUAGAGGUUUCACUUGCACACAGCAACAUUUGUUCAUUUUUAGCACUUCUGGACAGGAAAUUGAUCUAGAGGGUAACAUUUGCACAAAAAGGGAAACAGUAUGGGACGAUGGCUUGUUAGUACAAGUGACUCUGUUUUGGAAAUUACGGACAAGAAAGCUUGGAGGAAGAACGGCAUUAAAGAUCAAAAGCAUGAUGACUCCUGAUGAAAACAUCCCCAAAUGAUGAACCCACGAGCAAAGAGAAACUUCUUCUUGGCGGCACCUGACUUGCUGGAUCCUAAAUCUGCCACUCAGAACUCCAAACCACGGCUCUCGUUUUCCACGAAACCCACAGUGCUUGCUUCCCGAGUGGAGAGUGACACGACCAUUAAUGUUAUGAAAUGGAAGACAGUCUCCACGAUUUUCCUGGUGGUGGUCCUCUAUCUCAUCAUUGGAGCCACCGUGUUCAAAGCAUUGGAGCAGCCUCAGGAGAUUUCACAGAGGACCGCCAUUGUGAUCCAGAAGCAAACGUUCAUAUCCGAACACUCUUGUGUCAACUCAACUGAGCUGGACGAGCUCAUCCAGCAAAUAGUGGCAGCAAUAAAUGCAGGGAUUAUACCUUUAGGAAACACCUCCAAUCAAAUCAGUCACUGGGAUUUGGGAAGUUCCUUCUUCUUUGCUGGUACUGUUAUUACAACCAUCGGAUUUGGAAACAUCUCACCACGUACAGAAGGGGGGAAAAUAUUCUGUAUCAUCUAUGCCUUACUGGGAAUUCCUCUCUUUGGUUUUUUGUUGGCCGGAGUCGGAGAUCAACUAGGGACCAUAUUUGGAAAAGGAAUUGCAAAAGUAGAAGAUACAUUUAUUAAGUGGAAUGUUAGUCAGACCAAGAUUCGUAUCAUCUCAACAAUCAUAUUCAUCCUGUUUGGCUGUGUGCUGUUUGUUGCUUUGCCUGCCAUCAUAUUCAAGCACAUAGAAGGUUGGAGUGCCCUGGAUGCCAUUUACUUUGUGGUCAUCACGUUAACAACCAUUGGAUUUGGUGACUACGUUGCAGGUGGAUCCGAUAUUGAAUAUCUGGACUUCUAUAAGCCCGUUGUGUGGUUUUGGAUCCUUGUAGGACUUGCCUACUUCGCUGCUGUACUGAGCAUGAUUGGUGACUGGCUUCGAGUUAUAUCCAAGAAAACAAAGGAAGAGGUGGGAGAGUUCAGGGCUCACGCUGCUGAGUGGACAGCCAACGUCACAGCUGAAUUCAAAGAAACCAGACGGCGGCUGAGUGUGGAGAUUUAUGACAAAUUCCAGCGUGCCACCUCCAUUAAGCGGAAACUGUCAGCAGAACUAGCUGGAAACCACAAUCAGGAGCUGACUCCUUGCAGAAGGACCCUGUCAGUAAACCACCUGACCAGCGAGAGGGAUGUCUUGCCUCCCUUACUGAAGACUGAGAGUAUUUAUCUGAACGGUUUGACACCACACUGUGCUGGCGAAGAGAUUGCUGUUAUUGAGAACAUUAAAUAGCCUUAGGCAUAGCCAUAGGUGAGGACUUUGAUAUGCUCUUAUGACUGUUGCUGGUAACAUUCUCUAAAUUGUGCAUGAGCUCAAAAGGGGGAAUAAAAAUAGAUACACCCAUCAUGGUCAUCUGCUGUCAACAGAAUGUGGAAUGCUGAGCCAGCACUCUUCUAAUGAUGCUUGUUGAGUGGUCCGCUGUCUUGGACAAGUGGAAAGCAAGCAAUGUCUGAUGCCUCUUGGUGCCCAGACUGUUGCCCUCCCUUUUCCUAUUGUGCCGUCCGGCCUCAGAAUGAAUGAUAAUGGUUUUGGGGAAUCAUGUAGCUUUGAGGGGUCAGCCCUUAACUUUUCAGGGUCUACCGAACUGAGCCUAGACAUGGACCAUUUUAUGGAUGACAACAUUUCUUUUUGUAAAUGGCAAGGGAUUCUUAUGCAGCCUUUUACCUAAGAAAUUUCUGUCAGUGCCUUAUCUUAUGAAGACACAGAACUUCUCUAGCUAAUGUGUGGUUUCUCCCUCCCUCUCCCCGCCCCCUAGGCUCACUUCUACCAUCCUAAACCCAGUCGUCUCGUUUCAAUACCAUAUUCUUUUUGCAGCUCUUAAAUGACUGAAGUGAGGAUUCCCGAUGAAUGGAUAGAUGCCACGUUAGAUGGAUAUUGAAGCAACACUCAGAGACCAUAGUAUUAAAGGCACUGUGGAGAAUUGAGGUCCAAAGAUGGCACUUCUGAGUAUUGACCUGACUCAAGUACCAGUGGUACCUGCACACCCAUUCCUGACAACUCACGCUGCUGAGUCAAUUCUGACUCACGGCAACCCUGAAGAACUGAGUGAACGGCCCCGUAGGGUUUGGAAGGCCAUAAAUCUUUGCAGAAGCCUAUUUGCUCCAUCUCUCUCUCAUGGUGUAGCUGGUGAGUUCAAACUGCUGGCUUUGCAGUUAGCAGUGGAGCGCUUCACUGCUAUGCCACCAGCCUUCAUGAGUACUUUGUGUAAUUGCUACCAGGCCCGUAAAAUGGGCUGUUCCCCAAUUUUUUUCCUGGCAGUAAUUGGAAUUUACCAUUUAUUAAUAAAGAUACAUUUUGAUAGAUAUGGAAGAAGACCAUUCCAAAUAUAUAAAAUGAUCUGACAAAAGGAAACUGUUAAAAAUGGCUCUAACUGAAGGUGGUUUCUGACAGUUGGCGUGAGUUUCCAUUCGGAUGAAAAGAAGAGAGCAAAACAAUGUGUUACGAGCAUUUCCCAAUAAAUAGUGUACUGCCAGCACUCUUUGUUUUUUGAUGUUCAAGAGGCUUGUGCGAUUUUCCAAGCCCCUCGGUUGACGUUCACCAGAUGAGGGAGGUGACGCAGCUGCAGAGGAAGGCACAGCUGCAGCCUCUGUGGCUGCGCUCUGCACUGGAAACGGCAAUCCCCGGGAUUCUGCACACGGAGACGUGUGGCGUGCAGGCACAAUUCAUCUCUGACAGUAGAGAUAAAGCUGAUAUAGCACAAGUUAAAUCUUGAGAGAUUUUGUGAGAGUGUGUUUGGAUUGUUUUUGAUUUUUUAGGUCGUUUUUGUUUUUUAGAUAGAAAGGCUGAUAAUUCUUCAUAGAUUCAUUUUAUAUCCUGCAAUUCUUUGGAUGUUUCCAAAUAUUCAGAAGAAAUUCAGAAAUGACACCCAAUUGAUCACUCCUUCUCCUUUCCUUUCAUUCUUAGGUCUGUUGUACAUUGUAUAUGUAAUUUUUAAAAUUCAGAAAGAAAAUAAUUGUCCUAAAUAUAAUUGCAAAACAGAUUUCUCUUUAUCCCUUUUUCUUGUUUUCUUCUUCUUCUCUUAAUCUGAAUCAAGCGCCAUUCAAAUUAAAGUCUUAAAAAACAAAUCCAAUAUCAUUAAAAGACAAAAAUCAUAGAUGCUUAUUUUCCAAAAGUUAAAUUUAAACUAGAAGUGUAAAUAUUCCAUUAACUUGUUGAAGGUACUUUUAUAAACUUAAAAGAAAAUCUAACCAAAAUUCUAGAAAGUCAGGCUCUUUUAGAAAGAAAGCUACACACAUCUCCUCAAUAACUGUUCUGAAAGUUCAUAUGGUGGAAUGCACCAUGUAAAAACUGUGAAUUGUAUUGACAAAUAA